GAAAGCUGAAUUAGAGAAAACCAGGAAGUGCCGCUUGUUUACACGUCGCUCAGCCAUUAGACAAGAAACCAAGCAAAAAUGAACCAAGAAAAAUAUCCUCGGUCCUCCAUUGAGGACGAUUUUAAUUAUGGCACGAAUGUCGCGACGGCAAGUGUACAUAUCCGCAUGGAUUUCCUACGCAAAGUGUACACAAUCCUGUCCAUCCAGAUCAUCCUGACUACAGCUCUGUCUGCCCUGUUCAUGUUCUGUGAGCCCAUCAAAAACUUUGUACAUUCAUGUCCCUUACUCGUCCUGCUGUCUGCGGUUGGAUCUCUGUUUCUGAUCAUUGCUCUGGCCAUUUAUCGCCACCAGCAUCCCGUCAACCUUUAUUUACUCCUGGGAUUUACGGUGCUGGAGGCCGUGUCUGUAGGAACAACUGUGACGUUUUAUGAAUACUCGGUGGUGUUCCAGGCCUUCGUGCUCACAUCUGCUGUCUUCGUUGGCCUGACUGCUUACACACUCCAGUCCAAACGGGACUUCAGCAAGCUCGGAGCUGGGCUGUUUGCCGGCCUGUGGAUUCUAAUUAUUGCCAGUUUAAUGAGGAUUUUCUUCUACAACGACACGCUGGAGAUGGUGUGUGCCGGCGCCGGCGCACUGCUCUUCUGCGGCUUCAUCAUCUACGACACGCACAUUCUGAUGCGCAAGCUGUCACCCGAGGAGCACAUACUGGCCUCCAUCAACCUCUACCUGGACAUAGUCAACCUCUUCCUCCACAUCCUGCGCAUCCUCGACUCCAUGAAGAAGAACUGAGAGGAGAAUCUGCAUGCUCUUUCUUCUGUAAGCUGGUGCAGGUGAUUUGCUGUUUGCGAUGUCCUUAAAAAGAACAUACAUGUUAAUUUAUUGUUUUUUUGUUUUUUUUUAAUUAAAAAAGACCACAGACAGUUUAUUAGGCACACCUUCCUUACUAUUUCUGUAUAUUAGGGAUAGCAUAAAAAAAAAUUAUAUUGAUAUGUCUGAGAGAAUGAGAGCGAAAGAAACUUUUUUUUUUUUGUUAGGAAUGAACUUAGAUCUAAAAAUAGAUCUACAAUGAAGAGUCAUACUAAUGCUUUACUAGAGAUAAUGAUUAAGCAGUAUACAGUGUGUGUGCUACACCCAGUUCAUUCUGUCCUUGCUGUACCCAGUGCAAUGUAGGAGGACCACAACAAGACAGUGUUGUCUGUAAUUGUACAUCAGAAUGACCAAAAGUAUGCAUGUGGGUAGGUGUACCUAAUAAACUGGCACCCUGUGUAAUAUCUUACAACCUCUGUAUAUUUUUAGUUGAUCAUUCUGUUUAAAAGGGGUGUGGCCACAGGAUAGCUUGGAUUGCUGAAUCGAUUUAAAAAGGCAAUGAAUCAAAAGAAUCAAGACAACAGUUCUGAAUUGAUUAUCGAUUAUCAUCAUAAUUAAAUUCAGGGACAGACAGCAGUAAAUAAAAAUGUUUUAUUUUUAAAUUGAUGUAAAUAAGCUAAAUUGAUUUAUACCAAUUCUGUCACUGUCAUCAUCAUUUACAAAUUAAAUUACGCCAGUUUUUGAAGAAAAUAGUUUACAUAAUGAUUAGUGACUAUAGUAUAAUAUAGUAUAUCAUUUGGUAUUGCAUAAUAACAGAUUCAGUGAUAUGCUCAAAUAUCUAAUCACUUUAAAAAUGGAAAUUAUUUAGAAUUUUCUUUUUUUUUUUUUGUCAUGAAGACAAACACAUUCUUUUACGCUUAAUUUAAAGAUGCAAUAUUGUUAUGACGCUAGAAAACAUAAACACAUCCAUUCCCCACAUUCUCUUUCCUGAUUUCCUGAAACACACAAUGAUUUGCUCACACUUUAAUCUCCCUUCAGAUCAUGAUUGACAGAUCUACAGACCAUCUGUGAUCAAAGGUUCAGGUCUUUUAUGUGUUUAGUUUUUUUUGACGUUUUACGUUAAGGCAGGAACAGAAAUGUCACUUUUAACGUCACCGAUUCACUGAAGGCCGUGUGAUUGUGUAUAUUUUCUGAUUCAGUGUGCUUAUAACGAACGAGGCGGCUUUGAAUCAUUUCUGUCUGAAUGAAUCAAACCUGACCAGUAUCCUGACCAGUUAGAAAUUGUCUGUGACAGAAUUGAACUGAAAGUGUUCCUCUGUACAGCUGCUAAUUGUUGAUCUGCAGAAGAUUAUUAUUGUAGAUGUCCUGUGGAGCAGCAGAGUGUUAAAAAGGGCCUGGUGAUGUCCCAGAAGAAAUGUUUCAAAUCAUGUUUAGGAUGAUAUGCAGCACUAAGAAGGUUUAGGAAAACUCCAUCCUUGAAAUGCUGCUGCUUUAUAGACACCGAAUUAAGAAAUAAUUAUUAUUUAAUUUUUAAAUAUCAUUUAAAAAAUAUUAAAACCGUGUGAAUGAUUCAGAUCUCUACAGUGUGUCUUUAGACAGAGACGGAUCAGUGAGUUCAUUUUGAACUUGUUUCUCUGUUCACUGUGAAGUCUCACAUAUAUGUAUAUGAUGUAUUUGAAAUUCUCCUAUUGUGAAUAUAACGUAAUGUUUACCUACCAAUUAUUUCCAAAUUAUUAACAUGCCUAUAUGUGCAAUAUUGGGGAAAUUGUAGUUUAGUGGUGAAGCAUGUUAUUAAUUUGAUGUGUCAGUGUAUUUUCAUCUGUGGGGAUUAAAAGUCUGAUGAUAUAUGAUGUAUUAAAUAUUUAACUCGC